GUUUAUCAAAUAUGGAUAAACCCUGUUAUUUCAUGCAGUUAAGCAUAUUGUUUGGGGCAAGAACUAUAACUCUAGUAAUGUUAAUUCAAGGGCAAUAACUCUACACUUCCUGGUCUUGGAGCGUGCGCGUUAAGCUCUUCCUUUUAUAUUCAACUGUUCCCUGAGUCGGUCACAAAAAAUCAACUAGAGAAAUAAUCAAGUUUUAUCGUAUUAAUCGGCGAGUUUUAUUACUUUAUACCGGCAUAUUAUUUCAAUAUCAUGCUGAGGGUAAGGAACCAAAGGGCAUCUAAGGCGAGAAGCCCAUACGCAGCCGUGCCAAAUGGAACAAAUACAGUUGCCUCGAGUAGUGUAUUGGCACGAGGUCGUCGCGGAAAUCGUCGAGGAGGUCAAGUGAGACAGCCCGUUGCAAACAUCUCCAAUAUUAAUGCUCCUCCGACACAAGCGACUCCUCCAACACCUGCGGCUCCGACGACACCAGCGACACAGGCGUCAACUGAAGCAGGCCAGGGAAUGUCACGGAGCGGGAUGAUUGGGAUGAUUCCUCACAACAUGCCGCCCAUAGUUAAUCCCACCCCUGACGCACCAAGUGCGUUGUCAUCACAUGUUCCCACCAACAUGAAUCAAGAUUCAGUUUGGAUCAUUGGCUCAUCUAUUAUUCAUUGGGCACAGAAAUAUGCAGAGACCACAAAUCAGUUAAACCUUGGAUUAAACCACUUUACCAUUAAUUGGAAUGGUAGAAGGGGAAUGGUUUGGGAGUACUUGUAUACAACUGUGUCAAGUAUGUUAAUAGCUAAUAAACAACCAACUAUUUUGAUAAUUCACUGCGGGGGUAAUAAUAUUGGGGACCCUCAAAAUACCCUAAAAGGUAUUCAAAAAUUCAUGAAACUAACUUUAUCUCAAAUAGCAGACCUCUUGCCAAACACUCUCAUUGUAUGGUCACAUAUAUUACCUAGAAGUAAUUGGAGGCAGUCUUUAUCAACCAUUGAAGGUGAAAACUCUAGGCGUAGAAUAAAUAGUGCCAUUGCAACAUUUGUUUUGAAAAAGCUUAAUGGUGCAUCUAUCAAAUAUCCAGAUAUCCAGAUAACUCAAAAGCGAUUAUUAAGAUUAGAUGGUGUGCAUUUGUCAGAUCUGGGUAACAAUAUAUACAUAAAUUCCCUGAAAAAUGCUAUUGUGCAGUUUGUGACAUCUUCCUCUCGCACCUAUCCUUAAAAUACUAGCUGAUAUAUCUGUGGCAAGUCAUGGUCCGUUUAAUUAUCUAUCUUAUUAUAUAUCAUAUACAUAUAUCUGAAUCUAGAAUGUCCAAGUAUAGACAUUCUUAUGUAUCAUAUCUACAGGUGUCAUUGUUGUCAAAAUUGCCGCCUGGUAUUGGCGGAUGGUUCACGUGACAGUGUCCGUGAUCCAUUUGGCAUAAUUUUGAUUAGAAUACUGUCUCCGUGGGGCACUGUUUUUUCCAGGCUCCUCGGGUCAAGAGAGUAUUUCUAAUAUUGUAUAUUACAUAUAUAUAUUUGAUAUAUGCUGCCAUAUUGUUUGAACGGCGCAUGUCGAGUUCAAUGUACAUGUAUGAAAUCUAUCUGAUGUACAUGUACUAUAUAUCUGACUGAUAUCUAUCUGAUAUUCAUGUACUUAUCUAAUUUUUGCACAUUUGAUUAAACGGCCAUGACAACUACGCCAAACAAACAAAAGUCUAUUUAGUUUUGUAUAUACAUCAAGGUAAAUAUCUGAAUCAUAAUUGUCUGUUGUUAUGAAAUUGGUAUUAGCUAGAAACAUAAAAAGCAUAUCUAUUUGGGCAAAGGUCAU